GUUAAACGGUCGCAAAAUCUUCCAGUCGUGAAGUCGGUCAGUAAUACUGGAGUCGCAGCAUCCUAUUAAUAAUUUGUGCUGAUAAUGAGUUUUAAAAAUAUGGAAGUGAAUUGAUAAAGUGAAGUAGUGAAUCUCUAGUACAAAGCUGAAAGAGCGUUACCUAAUCUGGUUUAAAAGUGAAAAGAGUUUAAUGAAAUAGAAAAAUUAUAAACCAAACGAUUUUUUCCGGAAGAUUUUGCAAAAAUGUUGCCAUACAGGGCAAUACUCUACGCCCUUAUCGCUUGUUUUGGAUUAGCUGAAGGGAUCAGUUCGAGAGAUUUGUAUAGCUACAUCAAUGAACCGAGCGAAAUCCUGCCACGAGGUGAUGAAGAGUUUGCGGAGGUGAAGCUGCAGACACCAGUGCAUUUUUACAGUGAGAAAUAUGAUCACGUCUAUAUCAACACCAAUGGCAUUCUUACGUUCGGUUCCGAGUUCCAGAACUACCUGAACCUACCGUUUCCGAUUGAGUAUCCCUCGAUUGCUCCGUUUUACGCCAACGUGGACACAACACUGCCCAACGAUACGGCUGCUAUCGUGUACUUCCAAUCGCAGGACGCCGAACUGCUGGAGCAGGUAAGCGAUCUUGUGCGAAGCGCCUUCAGCGAUGCGGUAGAUUUCGAGGCUAACCAGGUGUUUGUCGCGACUUGGGAGCACGUUGGGCAUUUCAACAUGAAGAACGAUAUUACAAACUCCUUUCAAGUUGCCCUCAUUCUGAGUGAUGAGGAAUCGUACGUACAGUUUUUGUACCCGGAAGGUGGUAUCAACUGGGUUCAAGGAGAUACCGGUGAGUCGGGUCUGCCUGAUGUGCGCGCCCAAGCCGGAUUUAUAUCUGAAGAUGGGAGGUACUUUCCGCUACAGGGUUCAGGAACAGAUAAUAUAAGACAUCUGACUGUUUCAUCCAAUGCCGGUGAACCGGGUACAUGGUUGUUCAAAGUGGGUCCACUGGAUCAGGAACAAAAUGUUCAGGAGCCAAAUCUUCUAGACAACGGAGCUACACAUGAGCCACGAACUUGUGCCGAGGGUGGACACUUCAAGUGCCAUUCGGCAGCUACGUGCACCGACACUAGAACCGGCUACUGUUGUUCUUGCAAAAACGGAUACUAUGGAAAUGGGUUCAGCUGCGUGAAAAAUGAUGUUCCGUUGCGAGUUGUCGGAGCAGUGAAAGGUACUUUAAAUCACUGGACUAUCGAUACUCAAAUGCAAUCGUAUGUUGUAAUGUCGGAUGGCCGAACGUAUACUGCCUUAAGCCCACUGGAAGAUGAUAUCGGUACGAGCUUACAGUUGGCCUACACAAUUGGUUCUAGUAUUGGAUGGCUGUUUGCGAAACCCAUCGGAAGUGUGCUGAAUGGAUAUCAAGUGACGGGUGGGAAAUUCAAUCAAACCACAACGAUCCACUUUAAGGAAAGCGAGGAUAAUCUUCGGAUCGACCUUCGAUUCAACGGAUUGAAUUUGUGGGAUCAGCUUUCCGUGGAUAUUAACGUAGAAGGGCACGUGGCUCCGAUCGCAUUGCGGGAUAAACUGCAGAUCGAAGAUUACUCAGAAAUCUUCCAAAAGGCCAGCCGAGAUCGCUUCGAGGCGUAUACCGUUCACUCGGCGUACGUUCCUUCGGAGGAGCGCGAUAUACCUUUUACCAUCCAUCAGGUCAUCUCAUUCGAACCCUGCAGAUUCUUGGACAGUAAUGAGGAUGCGACGUUCCGAACCGCUACACUGAAGACCAGCAAAAUCAAUUUGGGCUAUGAACCCAGAGAGAAGGCUAUUCGUAUGGGAAUGUUGAGCAAAAUUACGUCAGGGGAAAAAUUGAAUCCUUGCGACGAUUCGAACUGUGGAGACAACACGGUUUGCGUACCGAAUGGGGAUGAUUCCUACGAUUGCAAUUGUAAGAACGGCUUUACGUACGUACCGUACGUGACCACUAACAAUGACCGUGUUAACUGUGUCGAUAUUGAUGAAUGUUCCGGUGUCAAUAUUUGCGACGAAAAUGCCGAAUGUAUCAACGAACCGGGUGGCUACAAGUGCAACUGCCACGCAGGAUACGAAGGCAAUGGAUACCAGUGUGAUGCGAUUGACCUUCGAUCAACGGCUCCGUCCUUUAUAGUUCCCACACCGCCAAACACAUAUUACGAGAUCGAAACACCGACCUCCGUCAAGAAUGAAACUGACCAAUGUGAGCAUUGCUCGGAGUAUGCCGAUUGCAUCAACGGACAGUGCCAUUGCAGACAAGGAUACGCUGGAGACGGAUUCGUUUGUGAAAACCCUUGCGAAGACGACGAACUGUGGAAUGGAGAGGCCUGUGUGAGGCAAGGAUCAACGGAAGAGUAUGAGAUCGCACCAUUCUGUACCGCGCAGGGAUGCACAUGUCCCACGGGAUACACGCUAAUUGAAUAUGCAUUCGAUCAGAUUUGUCGCCUCAUCGAGGCACAACCGGAUGACCAACAUUUGCCUUCAUGCGAUGUGGAAAAUCACUGCAGUCCCUUUGCGAACUGCGAAUGGAGCGAACAGCAAUAUCGGUAUGAAUGUGUCUGCAAUCCCGGCUACGACGGCAAUGGAUACAGCUGUAUCGAAAAGGAAGUGUCCUGUCUUGAUGAAGAAGAUAUCUGCGACCAGCAUGCAUCUUGCAAUUACAUCGUGAGCUUGAAAAAGUCCCUUUGCGUGUGUAAUAAGGGUUACGAGGGAGACGGACGCAGCUGUCAACUUACAGCGGAAUGUAGCGCGCACGAAGACUGUGGAAUGCAUUCCGAAUGCGUUGACGGAGUCUGCGUUUGUCAGGAAGGGUUCGAGCGGGAUAUUUCAGACUUCUGCGUACGGGCAGGAUCUUGUGGUGGAGCUUACUGCGCAGAGAAUGCCAUCUGCAAGUGGGAUCACCAGCAAGGAAUCCCCUAUUGUCAUUGUCCGGAAGGACAUGUUGGGGACGGAGUUAUGCAGUGCAAAUCGAUUCCUCCACCCUGUAACAUACGCAAUAACUGCGGCUUGCAUGCCACUUGUGGACCUAAUUUCAGAGAACCAUCCAAGUAUGAGUGCUCAUGCAAUCCAGGAUUCUUUGGGGAUGGAUUCGUUUGUACCCCCGAGCGUAACUGCGCCAACAUACCUAGCUUGUGUGACCCAAGUGCCAGGUGUGUCUCGACGACUAUUGGAUAUCAGUGCAUAUGCAAUGAAGGCUUCAUCGGAAACGGAACGGUCUGUAAAACUGCACCGCGCUUGGAUUCCGGUUUCCUUCUAAUCAGUCAAGGGGUAGCCACUGUAAAGCUGCCUUUCUCCGGCAUGCGUGGUGUUCCGGUUACUAUGGCUUAUAUGGUAAUCGGUGUUGAUAAAGACUGUGCAGAAGGUCGGAUAUAUUGGAGUGAUAUUUCAGCCAAACAGAUCUUUAGCUGCAAAUACGACGGCACGGAUCGUAAACCAUUCAUCACAAAGGAUAUAAUCUCCCCGGAAGGUGUAGCCGUCGAUUGGAUAUCUCGCCGGCUCUACUGGACUGAUUCGGCCAAGGAUACUAUUGAAGUUGCUAGCUUGGAGAAUCCCGACUUGAGAGCAAUAAUUGUUUCAAAAUAUUUAGUCAACCCUAGAGGCAUAGCUGUCGAUCCUCAUCAAAGCAAGUUAUACUGGUCGGAUUGGAAUCGUGAGGGCCCAAAAAUUGAGUGGUCCAAUCUGGACGGCACUGAGCGACAAGUGCUGGUUAGUGGACCACAGGUUGCAUUGCCGAAUAGCAUCCAAGUGGCCCCAGGAUCAGGUGAAUUAUGCUACGCAGAUGCGGGAACCAAAAAAGUCGAGUGUGUUGACACCUACACCAAGCAGAUUCGAACAGUAGCCAGCAACUUGUCGUAUCCGUUCGGUUUGGCCGUCACUGAUGACCAUUUCUACUGGACAGACUGGACCACGAAAAAGGUAGAAUCCAUCAAUGCUUAUGGUGAACGUCAGAAGGGAAUUCCGUCACCGGUUUUUGGCAGCCAUAAAAUGUACGGUAUGACAGCGGUCACCGAUAAGUGUCCCUUAUUCCACAGUCCAUGCGUGAUUAACAAUGGCGACUGUCCGGAGAAAAGAAUUUGCCUGACGAAUCCGAGAGCACCCUCCGGAAGAGGCUGUAAGUGUGCCGACGAUAACAAUUGUAACGACGUAAUUUUAGAUUAUUAGACUUAACGGUAGGUUCUUUAAGAAUCAAUCAGCCAUAUGUCAUAGCUGAUAAAAACAAGCCUACAAGCCACAAGCCGCUACAGGUGGUUAAAGCAUUUACAUGAUCAUUUAAAUCAUUUAAAUAUGUUUACUCCCCGUCAAAGUUGAUUAUGUAAUUUUCAAUACAUAUGCAAACUACAUUUUGCAUCACGAAAGUUGGUUUCUGCGUAAGUGAUAAAAGCUUUGGAAGUAGAAUUAAGACAUUUUGCUGCAUGACAACAAUAAAAUAAACGUAUUGA